AUGGAACAAUUACAUGAUCACGUCUCAUAUCUGAAGGCAUCCAAUGCCGACGGCGUCACAGUCUUCGAAGCGACAGCCGAAUGGUGUUCCCAGUGUAAAGCCAUCGGGCCUUUCGUGGACAAGUUGAUCAAGAAGUAUCCCGGGGCGCGCUUCUACAACUACGACACGGACAGCGUCUCGGCCGGAGCGAUCGCCCAGGAGCUCGGCGCGAAUGUCAUGCCUACCUUCCAUAUCUUCAAGGACGGUAUGCUGAUGGAUUCAGUCACGGGUGCGAAAGCAAAGGAAUUGGAGAAGGCCAUCAGCGAUGCUUACACUGGCGAGGUGGUUGAGCAGGACGAUGAUGGGGAGACUGCGAAGAAAUGA